CGCUGUGGAAUUAUUCUCGAGUGGAAUAAACUCAAUAAACGCUCAUUACUUGCCAGUUGUUGGUGUGGUUCGAGUGCGUCUAAAUUGAAGCAGCAUAAAUCAGGAAAAUAUAAAUUUCAAAAAUGGCCCAAGCAGUACUUGAAACGUUAAUUGAACAACCUGUUUUCCGUACGUAUCUAUUUUAUGUAGCUGUGUUGUCUUUAAAGCUCUUGGCCAUGUCCAUUUUAACCGCUGUCCAAAGAUUCAAGAACAAGGCAUUUGCUAAUCCUGAAGAUGCGGAACCCAGAAAACUUAAAGUUAAAGUUAACGAAUCUGUGGAACGUGUUAGACGGGCUCAUCUUAACGACUUAGAAAACAUCCCAGUGUUCAUUAUCGUCGCAUUCGCAUAUCUCACUACCAAUCCUUCAGUGUUUUUGGCGUUGACUCUCAUUCGAUUAUUUACAGUUGCCCGAUUGAUUCAUACUUUAGUAUACGCAGUUGUGGUAGUUCCCCAACCAGCCAGAGCAUUGUCUUGGUUUACUGGCUACUCCAUCACUAUUUAUAUGGCUGUAAAGUCUCUCUUAUACUACCUGGUUUAAGUGUUUUAGUGUUUAGUAUUAAAUUUAGUUUUAAUUAAAUAUUACUAAGUGAAAUACUGUUUUUGUAUGUUAAAUCAAAUAGUAAUGAAAUAAAUUGUUUUUAAAUAUUCUGCAAAAAAGAAUUCGUAAUGUAAACCAAGAUUGAAUAAAUUCGCUAGUGGUUA